AUGUUAAGGCAGCAUAUUUCAGGCCAACAAAUUGAUCUAAGUAAAGCAGAGUUUGGAAAAAUGUUACACGAAGAUAUAGGCUGGGAUGAUGAAGAACGUGCCAAGCCUGAGGUCAGGACACUAUUUAGAUCUACAAUGGUAUCUGGUGGUUUGUCAGCGGCCUACCUCGGACAUCCCAGCGUGCUCAAGUUCAAAGGAACGACAUAUUCGGUCCCUACUGGGGGAAUCCUGGCCGUUGGUCCAUUGCAUUCAGUAAUUCACGAUCCGAAUUCUACUCGAUACCCGCCCAGAAUGGCCUUUGGAGGUCAAAUGAAAAAGCUUUAUCAUGUCGAUGGAAUAGCAAAUGACACUUUAUUGAGCUCUUCAAUAAACUAUACGACUACUCAAAUGGGACUGUAUGGAGGGGUCUCAUGUAAAGCUAUAGGUUCAUCUGGCUUAGCAAGUUCUCAAGCUAGAAUUCAACUAAAGCUGGUCAAAGAUUGGAAGUCACCUUUGCCUCAUAAUCAAAGUUUCUCCGAUUGGGUUUGGAGCGGAGCUUGCCCGAAUGGAACACACAUUGAUGUGCCGAUGACUACCUCCCGGUACAUCCCAGGACUGAGAAACAAGACAGCAGAGAUUAUGGGCCAAGCUGUGGCUCAUGUUUGCUUUGAUCAAGAUUUGACCGGUGCUAAAUCAACUGGAAAUCAUGGUGCGCAGGAUUUAAUUCAAACCAACUUGUUCUGCGGACCCUGA